AAUGGAACGCGAUAUUUGAUGAAGUCCCAACAGAGAAGAUGGAGGAAACACCACUAUAUUAUAGAGAACCUGAAGGAGAACUCGAUGAUGUCACAUGCAACAGCGACUUCAAAAACACCUGCAGCUACAGCUCCCUUCAGCGAGAUGUAGCGGAUUUAUUUACUUCCAUGCAGAAAUUGAUUGAGUUACCAGGAUUCCAUGUUCAUGUCCGAAGAGAGGCAUAUAUGGAAAAAAUGAAGGAUAUUGACAAACAAUUAGAUUCUAGGAAGAAUGAUUUAAUGAAGACAGACUGUGCUAUUGUUGUCGCAGGAGAAACAAGUGCAGGAAAAUCCAGCGUUAUAAAUUUGUUAAUUGGGGAGGACAUCUUACCAACUGAUAUCACAGCCACUACGUCCAGAAUAUGUAGACUGAAGUACUCGGACAAAUUACAGAUAUCAACGUGUGACAGCGAGGACAGACAGAUACAAGUGAGAGAGUUUGAUAACAGGGAAGAUAUGGCAGACAAGAUGUCAAAAGUAGCCAGGACAAAGGAUGAAAAAAUAAAAUACGUUGACUUUUGGCUUCCAAUUGAGAUGCUGAAGGGUAACAUAGUUGUAGUGGAUACACCCGGAAUAGGAGAUGAGGACCAGGAGCAGGUGGCCAAGAUGAUGAUGGACUACAUACCUAAUGCCCUUGCUUUUGUCUUUGUUGUUAAUUUGGGAAACGCCGGAGGACUACAGGGUGAUCGACUUUUGCGAAUAUUGGAACGUGUGAGGGGAUCCUUGAAUCAAAUGCAUAGCUUCGACCCUAAGGAUGCAAUCUUUCUACUGAACAAGUGGGAUACAUUGGUCCUGAAAAAGCGAUCGACAGACCUGUUUGAUGAGAUAAAAGAGAAAUUACAUGAUGUUUGGGAAGAAGUAAAUGACAACUGCAUUCUUAAAUUUGCCGCAGCCAGGGUCGACGAAAAUGAAGUGUAUCGGAGAGAAUAUGACCGAUUUCAACAGAUCUUGAAAAACAUAACAGCAAAAAAUGAAAACAAAAGAAUAAAAGUACACACCGAAUUCAUCAGGUCCUUUAUUGAAGUCUGUGAUGUAGUUGUGGCCAGCAAGAUAAACUGUGCGAGACAAAACACAGAAAAAAAUGUCAAAACCUUUGAUAAAAUGACAAAGCAGUUACAUGACACGGAGCGUAAACGAAAGGAGGCAUCUGAUAAUCUUCCGCAAACCGUUGACAAAUUUCUUGAAGAAACGACAAGAGCUCUUCAUGAAUACAUUCAUAGCAAGGAGUUCAAAGAGAGAAUUCUACAAGACAUCGGAAAACAUUUCAGAUUUAAAAUUGGAAGCGAAAUAGAAUCUCGAAUACAGAAAGAAACAUAUAGUUGGCAACAGAAAAACAUGGAAGAAAUAUUUAAAAGAGAAGUUAUGGCAAAGAUAACGGAAAAGGUUAUCAACAUUCAUGAAUCACUGCAUAGGAUUACAGAUAAGAUGAGAGGCUUUACCACCCCCUUUGAUGUCGAGAAAAAACUUGCCUCUGCUUUUGUUUCCUUCAUUGCUCCCAGCGCACCUGCCGUUGCCGGAAGUAUCCUGAUGACACAAUUAUCAGUAAAUCGUAAUGCUGUAAUAGCUGUCGCUGCAACAGGACUUCUGAGUGGAGCUGUGGUUUCGGGAUUAAUAGAGCUUGAUAUUCUGGAUGACGUUGACACAACUAUUCAAAAUGCUUACAAGGCCAGGAUAGGGGUAUUUACAACUGACAAAAUUAAACAGUCAUUAACCAAAGCAUAUGCUGAAGGAUUAAAACAGAUGAUACAGAAUUUCCUCGAUGGCUAUUUGAAGGAGGAAAUAGAUAAACUGAAACGCACUGUGACAUCAAUGAGAAAGGGUGUAGAUUAUUUCCAAAAAGAGGAAUCAAAUUUGAUUUCUCUGAGUUCUGAGAUUUCAAAAAUUAAAAACCGCCUCAAAGUGGUAGAAAAUACCGAAGUCAAGAUGACACAGAAAAUGGAGAAAACAACACAGCAUAAUACAGACACCGAGAGAGAACUCGAUGAUGUCAAUAGCAGCAGCGACUUUGAAAAAACCUGCAGUUACAGCUCCAUUCAGAGUGAUGUAACGGAUGUAUUUCUGUCCGUACAGGAAUUGAUUGAUCUACCAAAAUACCAUGAUCACAUCAGAGGAGAAGCCUGUAUGAGUAAAAGGGAGGACAUCGGCAAACAAUUAGAUUCCAGGAUGAAUGAUUUAAUGAAGACAGACUGCGCAAUUGUAGUCGCAGGAGAAACAAGUGCAGGAAAAUCCAGUGUUAUAAAUUUAAUCAUCGGGGAGGACAUCUUACCCGCGGAUAUCAUGGCCACUACGUCCAGAAUAUGUAGACUGAGGUACUCAAACAAAUUACAAAUAUCAACGUGUGACAGCGAGGACAAACAGAUAGAAGUUACAGAGUGUGAUGAAAGAGAGGAUAUGGCAGAAAAGCUGUCAGGACUAGCCAGGACAAAGGAUGAGAAAAUAAAAUACGUUGACGUUUGGCUUCCAGUUGAUAUAUUGAAGGGUAACGUAGUUAUAGUGGAUACACCGGGGAUAGGAGACUCGGAUCAGGAGGAAGUGGCUAAGAUGAUGAUGGACUACAUACCUAAUGCCCUGGCUUUUGUCUUUGUUGUUAAUAUGGGGAGUGCUGGAGGACUACAGGGGGAUCGACUUGUACGAAUAUUGAAACGUGUGAGGAAAUCCUUGAACCAAAUGCAUAGCUUCGAUCCCGAAGAUGCCAUUUUCUUACUGAACAAGUGGGAUACAUUGGUCCUGAAAAAUCGAAAGAUAGACCUGUUUGAGGAGACAAAAAAGAAAUUACACGAUAUUUGGGAAGAAGUUGACGACAAAUAUAUUCUUAAAUUUGCCGCGGCCAAGGUUGAAGAAAAUGAAGUGUAUCAGAAGGAGUUUGACAGAUUCCAACUGUACUUGAAAACCAUAAUAACAAAAAAUGAAAACAAAAGAAUAAAAGUACACACUGAAUUUAUCAGGUCCUUUAUUGAAGAUUGUGAUGCAGUUGUGAUUUUCAAGAUAAACUGUACAAGACAAACCUCAGAAGAAAAUGUUAAAACCUUUGAUAAACUUACAAAGGAGUUACAGGAUACGGAACGUAAACGACAGGAGGCAUUUGAAAAUAUUCAACAGACCAUUGACGAAUUUCUUGAAGAAACGACGCAAGGUCUUCAUGAAUACAUUCAUAGUCAAGAGUUCAAAAAGCGAAUUCUACAAGACAUUGACAAAUAUGCAAGAUUUAGGAUUGGAGGCGAAAUGGACUCUCGAAUCAAGCACGAAACAUAUAGUUGGCAACAGGAAAACAUAGAAGAAAUGUUUAAAAGAGAAGUCAUGAAAAAAAUUACGGAAAAAUUUAUCAAUAUUCAUGAAUCACUGCAUAGGGUUACAGACAAGAUGAGAGGCUUUACCUCCCCCUUUGAUGUCGAGAAAAAACUCGCCUCUGCUCUAGUUUCCUUUUUUGCACCCAGUGGAACGGCCAUUGCCGGAAGUAUUCUGAUGGCUCAAUUGUCGGUAAAUCGUAACGCUGCAAUAGCUGUCACUGCAACGGGACUUGUGAGUGGUGUGGUGUUUUCAGGAUUAGUAGGGUUUGGUGUUCUGGAUGACGUUCACAGCACUAUUGAAAAUGCGUACAAGGCCAGAGUACAAAGACUGACAACAAAUAAGAUUAAACAGUCUUUAACCAAAACAUAUGCCACAGGACUUGAAAAUAUAGUACAGAAUUUUCUCGAGGGGGAUUUGAUGGAGGAAAUAAAUGACCUGAAACGCACACUCGCAUCAAUGAGAAAUAGAGUAGAUUAUUUCCAAAAAGAGGAAUCCAAUUUGAUGUCUCUGAGUUCUGAGAUUUCAAAAAUUAGAAAUCGACUCAAAAAUCUCGAAAACACCGAAGUAAAAUUGGAGUGA